CCAAAAGAUAGAGUAACAAAUCAGGAAUGUCCCUCCUGCCACUCCUGAGAGCGCACGAGAGGACACAAGUUACGGAUUAAGCGCGCGCGUCUCCUCCGAGAGGAACACACUGGGAAGGAGCUGAUUCUCCUCAAAGAUCUCUUUUUGUCUCUUUCUUCAAGAACAUCAACAUAUCGACACGUUUCACGCGCAUUGAGGGGCUCUAUUUUUGAUUUUUUUAAAGAGAUAUAUUUUUUUAUUUCACUAUGAGUCAGGCUGGAGCGACAGGCUUUUUGCACCAUGGCCUCUUCUAGAAACUUUGGAAUAAACUUAUCACUGCGGGAGAACCGCGUCCAUCAAGAACAUCGUGCUUUUCAAGUGUUGCUUUUCUGACUUCAUUUUCCAUCUUUUUUUGGGGGGCUCUGGGAUCGCUGUCGCUGGUCACUUUUUUUUCGCUCCUUUUUUUUUCUUCUUCUUCUUCUUCAGCUGCUCCGUUUUCUCGAUGGCGUAGGUGAUUGCAAGAGUUCGUUCAAUCAACUUUUCUUUCCUUUUUGCCGGGACGAGGGUUUGAUAUCUGGAUUAUGUGCGUAAAACCGAACCGGAGAGUUUAAAGCCAGAGAGAGGGGGACGCGUCCAGGAGGAUGCUCGCACAAUGGAGGUGAAGAACUCCUUCGCUGUCGCUGCGGUGGCUUGUCUCCUCGUUUGCGCCACUUUCAGCCAAGAGCUCAAUCCCAAAGGCAGGAAUGUAUGCAAAGCACCCGGAUCCCCGGGGGGGCCCGUGUGCUGCGGCGGCUGGGGGCCGCUGGGGGACGAGUGCCUGACGCCUCUCUGCGAAGGCAACUUCACCUGCAAGGAGAACGAGGUGUGCGUCAGGCCCGGAGAAUGUCGCUGUCGCCAUGGAUACUUCGGAGCGAGCUGUGACACCAAGUGCCCGGCUCAGUUCUGGGGCCCCGACUGCAAGGGCAAGUGUGUGUGUUACCCCAACGGCCAGUGCGACGACCUGACCGGCGAGUGCUCCUGCAACCACAACCGCUGGGGCCACAACUGCGAGUACCCGUGCAUGUGCCAGAAGGGCAAGUGCGACCAGGAGACGGGCAAAUGCACGUGCCACCCGGGCAUCUGGGGUCCCCUGUGCAACAACAACUGCUACUGCAGCAUCAACUCGGUGUGCAACGCCAAAACGGGCCGCUGCAUGUGCAACCCGGGCUGGACGGGGAGGAACUGCGCCAUCCAGUGCAACUGCAACAACUCGCCGUGCGACCAGUUCACGGGCCGCUGCCAGUGCCGCGAGGGGCUGUGGGGCCCCCGGUGCGAGCGCUACUGCCAGUGCAUCCAGGGCAAGUGCAACCACGGGGACGGCUCGUGUACCUGCACGCCGGGGUACCGCGGGAAGUUCUGCAGGGAGCCGUGUCCCGCCGGGUUCUACGGUCAGAACUGCAGGAACAGGUGCGGGCACUGCAAGGGCCAGCAGCCCUGCAAGGUGACGGAGGGCCGCUGCAUCACCUGCGACCGCGGCUGGAACGGGACGCGCUGCGACCAGCUGUGCUCCAAGGGCUUCUUUGGCGAGGGCUGCCAGGAGGCGUGUCCCGCCUGUCGAGACGGACACCACUGCGACCCCAUCCGCGGCAAGUGCUCUCACUGCAACCCCGGCUGGAUCGGGGACCGGUGCGAGGUGCGCUGCCCCAACGGCACGUACGGCGAGAACUGCGAGAACAACUGCAGCCACUGUUUCAACGGCAUCUGUGACGUGGUCACCGGGGAGUGCCUGUGUGACCCGGGCUUCUACGGCACCUACUGCAACAUGACCUGUCAACCCGGCCAGUACGGAGUGAACUGCAACCAGACCUGCUCGUGCAACGACAAGAACUGCGACCCCGUGUCUGGUGCUUGCUAUCUCCAGCCCAACCAGCGGAUGGGUGUGAUUGCGGCGGGAACCCUGGUCUCCUUCUUGCUGAUCGUCCUGCUGUCGCUGCUGUGCUGCUGCUGCCUGUGUCGACACAAAGACGACCACAACAAAAAAGCCAAGCGGAUCCUGUGUGGACGAUUCAGCCGAAUCAGCACCAAACUCCCCCGGAUUCCACUGAGGCGACAGAAACUGCCCAAAGUAGUCGUAGCGCACCACGACCAAGAGAACACCUUCAACUGCAGCUUCAUCGAGCCCCCCUCGUCGGCGGCCGAGCAGCCGUCCCCCUCCUCCUGGUCGUCCCAGGAGUCCUUCUCUUCCUUCGAGAGCAGAGACGAGGGGCCGGUGUACUGUUUGCCUCACGAAGAAUCUUUGAACGAAAGCAAAGAGAAGGGCAGCCCCAACCCGGCACCGGAGAAGCCAGAAGCCGUCCCCAAUGAGGACGAUGCAGGGGAGUACACCUCCUUGAAGGACACCAGUGUGACGAAACCAGAGGGCGGCGAGCAGCCCUUCCUCAAGUCUUCUGACAGCGAAGGCUCCACCAGUGGCUCUGAACCCACCACCGCGGCGCUCUACGCCCGCAUCGCUCGCCUCUCCAAGCAGUCCAAGGAGGACGAUGGCGGUGGCAAGGACGGAGAUGGCGCUCCAACACCGGAGGCGAAGCGCAACGGGAAGCCGCCGCCAUCGCCCGGCAAGCCCAAACCUCGCCCGCCAGACCCGUCCACCAAGCCCAAAGUAUCGUGGAUACACGGCAACACCACAGGGUCUCCCCAGCCUGAGAAUCAGGGGCACGGGGGAUUGAAGGCACUCGCCGUGCAGAAGGAGAACAAGAGGAGCUCCAGCGACGGCUCGGUCAAGAGCGAGGAGCGGCACAAGAUGAAGGAGAGGAGUCGUGAGCAACAGAAGAAACAAGAGGGGAAGGAGGCGGACGCCAACGGCUCCCCCGGUAGACACAAACCUCUGCGAGGUAAGAAGUCCGGGGAUGAGCAGAGCAGUCCCAGCCACAUGGAGCACAUCAAUGGAGUGGUUCACAAUGCCCUCAAGAAGAUCAGCAGCUUCCACAGCUCCUCGUCUGAGAAGAAGGGGGCUGAAAGUCCAAAGGAGACCCGCAAGGAGCCCCCCAAGAGCCCCAAGGUCAUCCACCCUCAUAUGAACUCUGAGGCUGCCACACUCCUGGCUGCUCAGCUCAAGGAGAAAACCCAAAGCAUCAACAGGAAUGAGGGGACGGGUCUGACGAAGACCAACGGGCUUUCCACACCCAAGGGGAACCGGGAGAAGCCGACACCUCCACAGAAAGCCAAGAGGAACCCGUCCAGUGGAUUCAGCCAGCAGAGCUCCCCCAAGACCCUGCUGCCCACCUCGAGCAGCCUCCAUAAGAUGGUGACGCCCGGCGCCAAUGACCUCGGGACCCCUGAAGCCAAGAGCCCGGAGAAGCAGGACUUGAACGGCUCAAGGCCGGGGGACCCGAUGUUUGAUCCGACGCCAAAGAAGACUCCCAUGAAAAAGCCGCCCAGGAAGAAAGGCAAGGAGGGUACGUUGGACACUUCAGAAAGUAAAACCCCCCAGCACAAGACAGCCAUUAUGCCCCCACAGGUAGUGAAAUAAAUGUUCUCAAAGACUCAUCUUGUGAUGGAUGCUAAGGAGACCCUAACGGAUUUGUUGGAAGAAGAACGCCGUCAUUUUUCAUUCAAGGAAUUUAAACAUUUUCUAAGUGUGCUGCGACUCCAGGACCAGUCGAGAGUGAGAAAUGCUUCUAAGUCAAAGGUGCAGUUGAGUUGCAUUGGUGAGUUUUAUUGUAAUGACCUCGAUACACCGUUGUAUUUCAUUUCAAGAAUCCCGUUUUCGUGUAAGGACUAUGUAUCAAUCUCAGACAUAAUCUAUAGUUCAUUCAUCUCUAUCCCUCCACCACUAUAUUUAUAUAUAUAUGGAUUGCUUUUGGGGUUGCGUUACUGUAAUUUGCUAAGGUGUCCGAAAAAUAUCUAUGUUUAAUGUACGUGUUCCGAAGGUACGAAGGCUGCAACUAAAUAACGAGAAAAUCAGAUCCUCUAUUAAGCUAUUAUGUUUUAGUUUUUUUUACAUGCGUUAAUACAGUUCUAUACCGUAAGCUACCCUCAUCGUUCUUUAUGUCGAGGCUAUUCUUUACAGAUGAUGGUCAACUUAAUUAUGUCAAUUAAGAGCAACACCUUUUGUUAGAGAACAUCUUCAGCUGCAAAAAGCCUUUUUAUUUUCUACUAUUGCAAAUUCCAGGUAUAAAUCCCACAUUAUAAGGAAUGGUUUUCUCGAAUAAACUAAAUAUGGCGCCCCAAAGUAUGCAAGUUAUGCUACAUUUAGGACUUACUUGUCCUUUUUUAAUUCACCGCUGUGCUUUAGCGUUGGUCUCGAGACUCUUACCUACAGAAAAGUAACUUUUUAAAUUAGAUUUCAAGUCUUUUGUCGAACUCUAUCAAACAUGGUUUUGCAUAACCCUUCAAAGCGCUUUGAUAUUUCUGCAAAAAAAGGGCAGUUUUGAACCUCUUUCAUACUCCGGCUAACACCAAAUCACCAGAAUGUUCUCUCACUGUACGUUUUUUAUUCAGUCAGCUAAACAAACAAAAAAACAAAAAAUGAAAUUCCGAGCUAUUCCAUCUCCUCACUUCAUAUCACGCUUGACAAUCACUUUAAACUCACUCACUUUCUCUGUAAUAGAGCAACAUCUGCAGUUUCUCUACGCUGUAUUACAGAGAAACCGACUGCGUAACCCAGUGAAACCGAUGGAUGGUUUAGUCAAAGCAAUGACUCUCAGUAGGAUUCUCUACACAUCUGACGAGGCCAAUGUCGCCAACUGAGCGACUCCCAUUUCAUAUGUACGUGUUUAUGCCGUCGGAUGAUGUGGAGAAAAAGAACAUCUCACCAUGGAUGUUUUGUCCCUUAAGGACCAUUUUAUCUUAAACUAGUAGACUCACGCUGAAAUGACUGGGUGCUUCAUAUCAUCAAGGGUGAGACUGAAUGGUACCGUGCCUCGAGUGUUCAAAUGUGCCUCAACUGUGGAUCAGUUUAAGCCAAAAGAAGCCAUGUUUUACGAAAUGUUGUCGAUCCUGAAAAUAAGUGGGAGGGAAUAAAAAGCUUUUUUUAUUCUAGUUGUUGGUGGAUAGCUAUUUGGAAAGUAGCAUGCGAAACCUGAGCUAUGGACAGUGAGUGAUAGGGAGUAUGUUAACAUGCCACCGGUAUGUGUUGGGCUGAAGAAUAUAUUACAUUUACACAGUUAAUUUGAAACAUUGUGUUGGUUUUAUGUGUUUUUAUCAUGGUACAACUUAUUUUGGUUAUGUGUUCAACUUGUAUACAUUGUGUACUUUUUUAUUAUCUUUGUAAGCUGUGCUUAUAUGACUUUUUUCUGUUUUUCUUGGUGUCAAUGAACUGGCUUUCAUGUUGUUUUUUUGCUCUUUUUUUGUUGGAUAUGCCUAUUUUGAGCUCUGAAGCAAACCUACAGUAUGAGUACUUUCCAUCUUGUAAAGUUUACAUUGGCUUUUAUAAUUGUUGAUGUUAUUGUUGGUGUAACACUUAACUGCAUGACGCAGAGUGUAGUUAGUUAUAUGGCAUUAAUAGCUGCACCUGAAACCUGUAACCAUCUGCUUCCCUCCAGUUGUUGUUAUUGCCUCCCAUAAAACAAAGAGAAACUCAUACAGAAAGGAUUGUACAAUACUACUAUGAUACCACUGUGGAAAACCAUUGCAUAUACUCAAAUCAUAACAUUGUGUAAUUAUGAAGUGGCAAUUUUGUUAUCUGACUGGCCCGUGCCUGUUUUUAUAGGCUUACAGUGCAUUUGUGUAAAGAAGGGCCUGAAAAGCUGCAAAAAACGUUACCGACUGUAAGGUAUGUAUUUUGUUUGUUUUUUUAAUUUUUAUUUCCAUUUUGUGUAUGGUCAUUACAUUUUUUGUUUUCUUCAUUUCCUUUUUUUUUUGGAAUAAAAAAAAAAGUAAUACAUGUAGAUCUAAUCAAACCAAAAA